ACACACACACACUCGUCAGUGUUCUCCACCCGCCUGCUGCAGGCGCUCGCGCUGUUUGCUCCUUUAAAGCCCACGCCUCGAAAAGCGGCUUGUUCCGGCUUGCCCCUUCGCAUCCCUGUUAUCCUUGCCCACCUCACUAAAAUAGUGCCCUUCCACAGUUACGCACCAUCACUCACACCGAGCAAAAUCAGUAAAUACUUGACUAAAAGAAAAAAAAAUAAAGAUAGAAUUGCAAACCCAACACAGCACGGUUGAUGAGCGGCGCGCAGCUGUCAUCUGCCGCGCGCUCUCACAGGCACCAUCACUCAGCACCGGCGGAGCGAUACCAUCUCUCGUAAAGCAGUGUGUAUGUCAGAGUGUGUGUGUGUGUAUGAGAGAGAGUGUGUGUGGUUCAGCGUAUACCUGAGCGAGGCUGUCCGUCACGUACCGAUUCGGAGGUGGGCAUCGGGUCUGGACCGAGGCACCUGUCCGUCUCUGAUGCGCUGAAAUGCGGGGCCAAAGCACGCAGGCACCCGGAGCCAUCCAUCUGCUGCGGGUGUUUUGCAACUGAUGAUUCUUUUUCUCUGAUGUGGGCGUCCAUGAAAAUGUUCACUCUUUGAGUCCCAGUUGGCGUGCAGCUGCUGCAGUCUGUGCCAUGCGUUCCUGCUGAGCUCGGCGGUGGCAGCAGCGACGGCAGCRGCGGCGGCGGCGGCGGCGGGGUGGCAGGAUGCCAGUGCAGGCGGCCCAGUGGACAGACUUCCUGUCCUGUCCCAUCUGCUACAAUGAGUUCGACAGCAGCGGCCACCAGCCCGUCAGCCUGGGCUGCUCCCACACCGUGUGCAAGACGUGCCUGCACAAGCUGCACCGCAAGGCCUGCCCCUUCGACCAGACGCCCAUCGGCACCGACAUCGACCUGCUGCCCGUCAACUGCGCCCUGCUGCAGCUGGUCGGCGYGCAGGUCCCAGAUGUUCAGCCUGUGAGCCUGGACAGCGCCGCAGAUGUUGAGCACUACGAGGUCUGCAGGCUGUGCGUGGAAGAGCUGGCUCUCUACCUGAAACCCAUCAGCAGCACGAAAGGUGGGGCGAACCUGAGUCCCAGCGCGCUGAGCCGGCCCAUGCAGAGGAAGCUGGUGACCCUGGUGAACUGCCAGCUGGUGGAGGAGGAGGGCCGGGUGCGGGCGGUCCGCGCAGCCCGCUCUCUGGGGGAGCGGACGGUAACGGAGCUCAUCCUGCAGCACCAAAACCCCCAGCAGCUCUCGGCCAACCUCUGGGCGGCGGUGAGGGCGCGCGGCUGCCAGUUUCUGGGACCUGCUGUCGUCGUUCCCUCCACUCCCCCCACACCCCCAAAAUCCCCCUCAGCUAUGCAAGAAGACGCGCUGAAGCUGGUUCUGCUGGCUCUGGAGGACGGCUCGGCCCUGUCCAGGAAGGUCCUGGUGCUGUUUGUCGUCCAGAAGCUGGAGGCUCGGUUCCCUCAGGCGUCCAAAACCAGCAUCGGCCACGUGGUGCAGCUGCUCUACAGGGCCUCCUGCUUCAAGGUGACGAAGCGCGACGAGGACUCCUCGCUCAUGCAGCUGAAGGAGGAGUUCCGGACGUACGAGGCGCUGAGGAGGGAGCACGACGCCCAGAUCGUCCACAUCGCCAUGGAGGCGGGCCUUCGAAUCUCACCUGAGCAGUGGUCCUCCCUGCUGUAUGGAGACCUGGUCCACAAGUCACAUAUGCAGUCCAUCAUUGACAAGUUGCAGUCUCCAGAAUCAUUCGCCAAAAGCGUCCAGGAGCUGACAAUUGUUCUGCAGAGGACAGGAGACCCGGCUAACCUCACAAGCCUUCGACCCCACUUAGAGCUACUGGCCAACAUAGACCACAACCCUGAUGCUCCCGCUCCAUCGUGGGGAGAGCUGGAAGACGUGAUGCUGGCGGUGAAGCUGGUGGUUCACGGACUGGUUGAAUUCAUACAGAACUUCAGCAAGAAGAGUCACGACGCUCCGCAGCCUCAGGCCAACAGCAAGUACAAGACCAGCAUGUGCAGAGACCUUCGUCAGCAGGGAGGCUGUCCGCGAGGAACCAACUGUACAUUUGCUCACACGCAAGAUGAGCUGGAGAAAUUUAGAUUAAAGAACAAGAAGAGCAGCAGCAGCAGCAGCAGCAGCAGCGUGGUCCGCUCUUUCCCUCCAGCCAGCAAAGGCCUUAAAGACCCAACGGAGACCACUGCCUCCGUGGCGGAGGAAGUUUCCUGCCUGACUCACUCGCAGCUGAUCUCCAGAGGGCUGGGCACCAUGGAGGAAGUCAAGAGAGCCAUGGCCAGUGGAACCAGCAGGGCUAACGGGUCCAACGGGCUCCCUGGUACCAACAGAAUCUCAUCAGGGUCAGCGGAGCAGAAGUCCGUUUCUCCUGCCAGGACUCCAGUGAGCCACCCCUCGGCUCUGUCUGCCUCGAGUCCAGCCGGUGGUGCAGACGGUGCUUCUUUACCCAGACACGGUCAGUUUGUUCUGUCCUCACCACAUCCCUCUCAGGCUUCAGAGCUGUACUACCAGGACCCCCACCCUGCUUACGACACGGCCCACUAUCAACCGACCUCAGGUUCCUACUACCCACCUGCUCUUCAUCCCACUCACAAACCGUGUAUGGCUCGUUUCCCUCGAUCCUCCAAUGUCCCAGAAUCCUCUCUUCCGCCAUCCGUGGUCCUUUCGCCAUCUUCUUACCCGAACGACCCUCAGACACCGCAUCCUCCGUCUUCGUCAUCUUCCUCGGGGUAUCCGCCACACCCGCACAGAGAUCGGAUGGGACCGCCCGCCUUUCACCCCCACCCGGGCCAGCCUCAGUAUGGACCCUUGGGCCCUGGUCACAGUGUUUAUGCUCCUCUCUACGACAGCAGGAGAGUCUGGAGACCUCAGCUGUACCACAGAGAGGAUGCCAGGAGUAACUCGCUGCCUCUAGAGGUGCUGCAUUCCUCCGUCUACCAGCCUCCACUCAGGGAGAGAUUCAACUCUCUGGACAACUACUGUUCAGGAGCCGAGCACCGGGCCGGCCUGCACAGGGACUACGGCCGCGUUCCUCUCGGCUACGAGGAUCUGUACAGACGGAAGCAGGACCAGUGGACUCCUAUUCACCACCACCACAAUCCCAGCAGACCCUCCCAGUCCUCACCCAUCUUCACUGACUUCGGAGCGGAGCACAUGGAGAGCAGUGGAGGUCAGUGUGCCGGAUGCCGGUUCCGAGAUGAGGAAAGCUUGGCCCACUACUCUCCGUGGUCUUGUGGGACCGCCGGGCCCUGCCUGAGUCCCUUUGAGCCCGAAGCUCUGACACACACAGCAGCUCACUCCUGCUCGGAGCGUCCGGGAAAGCUCCUCACACGGCUGAAGGAGCUGGACGGUCCCGAAGGAGAAGCGGGAGGCAGGAAGCAGUGGCUGCAAACGCUGGAUCCCUACAGACGUUUGAAGGACGAGGAUCCGAUCAUUCCCUUUAGCGAAGCGCCUAUUAUCUCAAAGUGGGGCGCCAUUUCCAGGGCGGCCCGCACCGGGUACCACACCACCGAUCCCAUCCAAGCCACAGCCUGCCAGGGCAGCGCCAGCACCACACCCAUCAACUUUAAAGAUUACAACCAUCAUUUGGAUCACGGUGACUACAGGUGGAGCUCCAGAGGAUCUGACUCCUCCAGUCAAUCCAGUUUCUAUGAGAGUGAGCAUCUUUGUGCGUCGGAGCUGGACGGCUGUCGGACUUCCAUAAGCGGCGAAGAAAAACCCGGAUCUGAGCUGCAAACUCGUCAGAGCGCCUACAGCCAGGACCAGAACCAGGCUGAGAGAGAGCCGGACACGGAUCGAGACAUUGAGCUUGACCUGCGGGUUUUAGACAUGGAGGAUUCACACACCUGUGAGCUCAAGUCUCAGGAGUCUUUAGAUCUGCCCAGCCCACCAUCUCAGGACGCCUCCCACCUCCUCCCUCCCUGCUCAUCUCCCCUCCGCUCCUCCCCUGUAGAGGAGCACCUCCAGACCAAAGGACUCAUCACAGAGAAGAUGGAUGCUCACCUGCUGAAAAAGAUGGCUUUCAGGAAGUCUCUGUCUCCAGUAGGGCUGACGUCAGGAGGUCUGGGCAUCAGGAAGCUGGUGCUGCAAACCGGACCUCCUCGACUGGGCGACACUUCAACCAGAGCUUGUCCUGAGACRCCCGGGACAGAGAUGUUGCUCAACGAAAGCUGAAACGUCACAAAGCCGGACUCACGCUGAGCUCAGAUCUCCCGAGCAGAUCGUGGUAAAAGGGAAUACCACUCAACUCCAGCCUUAAUAAAUGUCAAAUGCCUGAAUAAAACCGGACAGUUGGAGGCUAGCAGUGUGUAAAAUCACACUGUACCACCUGAAAGCGGUGGUUUUUAUGAAGGAAUUAUUGCUGAUCUUGUUCAGGUUUGCAGUUUAUUUUAUUUUAUUUUUCAACUUGGUUGCAUUUAAGAGCAGAGUUAGAGAGACAGGUUAUUUUUCAACACCUGAUUGGCCACUUAGGAGAACCUUUCACAUACAGUGAGCUGCUUAAGAGCUAGAGCCUGUUGCUAACAAUAUAAAAAGUGUUUUUCACUUUAACUGAAUGUACUCGCAGGAUUAUAUUGAUGCUAUAUUUUCCUUCUGAUACAUAAUCAUAAGUAUCAACAAAUCUAAGCAAUUCAUUUAUCCCAGGCGUGAAAUUAUGUUACUUUAAAGAUAUGUGGUUUACAGUAAAAUGUUCGUUUGUUUACAUCAAUGCUACACAUACAACCYUUCCAUCCUUUUUUUUCUGUGUAUAGCUUUUUUUUUUGGCUUGUGCCUUUCCAUAAAAGCAGACACUGAUUUGAAUUAAGGCCCUAUUUAGAGGGUUUGUUAAACAAAACAUAAUUAUAUUUUUAAAAACUGCUUCAUUUCUUUUAGCAUCACUUCAGAUUGUGAAGUAUGUURAAGUAAGUUUGUUGCAUUUGUUGCAAAUUUUGCGCAUCAGAAAUAUUUCAUUUUUCAAGCAGCCUUUUUGUAWAACUGGUUAUUUUGGUCUUUUUUGUUUCAAACCAACAGAAAAGAACCAAUACUGUACCACAUUUAGGUGUUUCUUUUUAUUUGACAGCAUCCCAUCUUUCACAGAAUUGGGGCUGAUUACCUCAUUUAAAGCUUAAUGUUCCGACAGUUUGCAGAUUCACAAUCAGUCAACAAAAACAUGCAACACAGUGGCCUUUCUSUCCUUAACCUUUCACAAAACAAACUCCCAACUCUGUGAAAUCCCGUUAGAAAUGCAUUCUCAGAAGAUGUGAACACUGGGGAUGACAUUUUUCUAUGUAUGCUUUUCAUGUUUAUGUGCAAUAUCUGCAAAUGUGCUUGAAAAUGUUUCUUUCUUUGCAAAAUGUUUUCAAAGUUUUUUUAUUAGGAUUAUUUUUUAUUUGAAGCUAAGCUAACUUCCGUGAAGUUGUUUGUUGACAUAUUUUGUAUCAGGAUUGGUUGUUUCUUCUGUUUGCUUUGUUUGAAACCAAACUGACAGUGUCUGCUGCAGGUCCGUGUAAAAUCAUCAGAACUCUGUGAGCCACAAGUCUGCUAGUUUACAUAUAUAUAUAUAUAUAUAAAAUAAUUUACAUCCAGCCCCGAGGUGCCUCUUCUGUUUUUAUAGUCGUAAAGAGACAUCUUACCUUCAGAUUAUUUACUAAACAGCACAGAGGCAUGAUUCCAUCUUCGAUAAACAGGACGUAAAGUCGAUAAAUCUCAGGUUGGUUUUCUCCUGGGUGGUGAUUUCUGUGGAAUGAGAUGGAAAAGUGCCAGCUCAUGGGAAAAAUGGCCGCAGUGAAAAAGAGAAGCUUGCGGYGACUUUCGCUCUUUCCUGCAAAGUGUCGGGGUUGUUAGCGAGGCAAGGGCUGAUUAGAGCUGCGACGGAUCAUUAAGUUACCUGCUGCUUUCUAUUUCCAGCUUCGUCACUGAAGUUAAAGUGCCAUGUUGUGUACAGUACAAUCAACGCCUACAGCUUUGUCUAGUCCUGGCACGGCGGGCUGUGAGGAGGGGAGGAAGAAACCUGAGGGAGAUACGUUUGUGGGAAUCGCUCAGGGAAGACUUCAUUCUCUUUGGUUUUUCUCAGUGCAUAUAUAAAACAUAUAUAGGUAUAUUAUUUGCUGGUGUUUACUUUUGYUGGUGUUUCUUUCCGUAUCAAUAUUGGCUUUGCUGUCAUGAAAAAGGGCUGGGCACAUGUUGAAGUUAUCGUGAGUAUGAAGUGGGUCGUUCCUUUUCUUCUUUAAGUGUAUCUAUGGAGCGCUGCUGUAGUGGCUAAUUGCACUGAAACUUAUUCCCACCACCUUCACUGCCAGCGAGAGAGACCCCCCCCACCAUUUCCUGCGACAUGCAUGCAAUAUAGUCCCCUCUUGUGAUUGCAGAGGAGUAAUGAUGAUUCUGUAGUUGUGAUACAACGCACCCAGCGCUGUAAGAGUUCUCCACUGUGUGGCCACGUCAAGUGCUGAAGAAGUUUGCUUGCAGCGUUUUAAUUGCUUGCUCAUGAAAUUUCAUUGAUUAUUACGGAUGAUGUUGUUACUACUGUUAGAACCACAUUUGGUUGUUGUGACACAUUUUCUUUUCCUUGGUGCGGGUCUGCUUCUUUGUUUUGGAUUUGAAGAGUUUUGCCUUUUUAUUAUUAUUUUUAAAUCAACAAAGUGUUUCUUUAAUCUAUAUUAUAUGGAGAAAAUUAAUCAAAGAAGCUUGUUUGUUGAUUGUGACACUUAUGAUGAUACGUUUUCUGAGUAUUCAUGUCUGUAUUAGACAGUUUAUUUGCUAAUCUAUUGUUCGAUUGAAAUGUAAAUGACUUUUUUUAAAGAGAUGGUACACAUCCGUCAUUGUACACAGUCUGGCACCAUCAUUAGAUGGACUUAUAGUAUUAACGCUCAUUUCUACAGCCUGUGAUAAUCAGAUAUAUUUAAAUGUUAAAAAAAUAAUAAUAAAAUAAAACCAUUGGGGCAGUUGUGUAAUGUCUCAGAUCAAGGAACAACUCAAUCCUUUGGAGAGACCAUCUUAAAAUGUCCCCAAAAAAUGAAUAAUACUGUUAUGUAUUCAAUUUAUUUCCUUGGAAAUAUCACAUUGUGAAAGGUUUCCCUUUUACUUACUGUAUUUGUAAUGCAGAUGUGGAGUAAAGUUGAACCUAUGGUGAUGAUUUAUAUGCUGUUAAUAAUAGACGAAGCAGUUUGAGUUUCAUUUUACUGACUGAUUGAUUCUUCUUUGCGUUUUCUGGCCUGUUCAGCAGUUUUACACGGAGCUGCAGGCCAGCCGAGCAGGAAGCCACUGCUGUGUUGCAAUGAGAGGAAUAAAACGCGAAACUGCCGUAGAUGAAACUGCAUGCUAUAAUAAACUGAGAAUUGUAGUGCUGCUUUGUGUUUCUUGUCUUUUUUAAAUUAAUAAAUAAAUGAUUUUAAAACUCGAA